CCUUUACAUCUUCGGAUUGAGUUUUGAUUUUUGCAGCGGUGACAAAAGCAGAAGGCAUCGGAUGUCAGUGCGAGUUCUGAUUCAGGCGCUGUUCUCGAGAUCUCGAGGGUUCAUGGGAAAGCGAGGGACAUGGAAGAAAGUCCAGUCCCAUCAACAAGAACGAUAUCAUGCUUCGUGUGUACCAUUACCACAACAAUAACAUGGAUUAACGUGCAUGUGUAUUCGGUGCUCCCAAUCAUUUGGCGAUCGGAUCUGUUACUAAGAGUUUGAAUCUCUCAUCUUGUCGUUAGUGAACAUUACAUUAGGCUAUCUAAUGUUGAUUAUAUGGAUUUUUAUCAUAAAAUUAAUGAAAAUUUGAAUGUUCUAAAGUUAUUUCAUAUUAUAAAAAAAAAGAAAAAAGAAACAUACCGCUGUAAAAGAUCGAACCGGUCCGGACGGAUCGAUCCGGUUCGAUUUCGAUCACGACUCUGGGCCGAGUCCGGAUAAUAGCUGGAUUUCUCUGGAACCCUUCCGACCAAACCUCUCGUGCUCUCUCUCUCUCUCUCUCUCUCGGUCUCGCUCUCGGGCUAAUGGCUACAAUCCUGAGAACGCCGGCGCUCUUCCUCCACCCUCCGGCGGAGGUGGCGGCACGGGCCGCUCUUCCGGCGGCGCCGAGGGGACCUCCGUACUUCUGCGCGAGGCGGAGGAUCUCGUGGUCUUUAAAGCUACAGCUGUCCCCUCUCGCCUAUAGGCGUCUCUGCUUCCCAAAGUUCAAAAUCUUCGCCGCCUAUGGGGACACCACAGAAGCCGAAGAGAUUGCGGAAGCUGUGGAAAAGGAUGAUUCUGAUGAAGAAACUUCUUUAGAGGAUGGAGCAACUGAUGGCGGCAUUAUUGACACAGAAGAAACUGUUGCUUCGACUGUACUGUUGUCACUGCAGUCAUACAAAGAAGCUUUGGCAAAUAAUGACCAAACCAAAGUUGCUGAAAUAGAAUCAUUUCUUCAGUCAAUUGAAGAUGAGAAGAAUUCUCUUUCAUCUAAAGUUGCUGCUUUGGCUGAAGAAUUAUCAACAGAACAGGAUCGCAUUCUUAGGAUCAGUGCCGACUUUGACAAUUUUAGGAAAAGGACAGAGAGAGAAAGACUUUCUUUGAUGACGAAUGUGCAAGGUGAAGUUAUAGAGAGCUUAUUGCCUGUUUUAGACAACUUUGAAAGGGCUAAAACUCAAAUAAAAGUGGAGACCGAGGGAGAAGAGAAAAUUAAUAACAGCUAUCAGAGCAUUUAUAAGCAGUUUCUGGAGAUCCUGACCUCUCUUGGUGUGGAAACAGUGGAAACUGUUGGGAGUACUUUUGAUCCUAUGCUUCACGAGGCAAUUAUGCGUGAGGAAUCAAUGGAGUUCGAAGAGGGCAUCGUAAUUCAAGAAUUUCGCAAAGGUUUCAAACUUGGGGAAAGGCUCUUGCGUCCAUCAAUGGUGAAGGUUUCUGCUGGACCAGGACCACAAAAGGCGGUAGACGAAAACGUGGUGGUAGAAGAUGGUGAAGCGAGUGAAAGCAGUGAAGAAGGUGGAGAUUCUGAAUAAUUUGUACAAUCUAAUUUCUGCCUUGCAAUUUUGUAUGUUCAAUUAUGUUUCUACAAUCUAAGAAAGCUUUUACUGUGCAGACAUCAAGUUGACAAACCAAUCGCUUGCUGCAUUUUAAGUUUUGAAGCUUUUGUAGGCAUACAACUGCAACUUUUUUAUUUUUUAUUUUUUGCACUUAUCAUUAUUGUCAUGCUUGUGGAUAAUUCUUAUAUGCUUUGCGCAAAUGCAAUCGUUUUUCCCAA